CAUCACGCCUCGACGACGACUGUCGUUCAUUCACUUGCCGCCAUCUCCCCUCCGCAAGACGGGCCGCGUGGGACUGUCGGGUGCGACUCAAUCUGACUGUGCCCUCCCCUCCCUCGCGUAACUUCGUUAGACCAACCCCUGGCCGCGCCUUUGAUGAAACACAAGGAAAGCGGGAAAGUCUGUGCCCGUCCGUCCGUCGGAUCGAUUGAUUGAUUGAUUGAUUGAUUGAUGGACUGAUUGAAUCGUAUCGCACGACAACAAGCAUGGCGACCGGGUUCAAUCUGGCGGAGCGCCUGUCAGAUCGAGGCGAUUGGUCCUCGCAUCGCCCUCCUCCACCUAUUCCUCCUCCUGCCGUUCCCGACCUCCACAGUCGAACCUCGAGCAUGGCCCAUCGUGGUCGCUUCUCCUUCGCUUCGAGCAAUGUUAACUCGACAAACAGUCCGAGGAGAGUGCGUCGAAGGAAGGAUCCCACACCUUUCAACGUCCUCGUGGUAGGAGCCAAGAACAGCGGCAAGACCUCGUUCGUCAACUUCCUCCGUCACUCCCUCUCAAAGACACCACAUCAAUCUCCCGAACGUGUCGAAGACCACCGCGGUUCCUUCACCUCCCAUUACCUCGAGACCGAAAUGUCCGGCGAACGCGUUGGUCUCACCUUGUGGGACUCUGCCGGUCUCGAGAGAUCCGUUGUCGACCUCCAACUCCGCGAGAUGACCACCUUUGUCGAGUCCAAAUUUGAAGACACAUUCGUGGAAGAGCAGAAAGUCAUGCGCAGUCCGGGCGUCAAGGAUACUCACAUUCAUUGCGUGCUCCUCAUCCUCGAUCCUGUCAAUCUCGACUCGACCAUUAGCAAGUCGGCAGUAUUCAAAAAGACGGGCGAUUUCAAGGGUAGUCUGGACAAUGAUCUCGAUCUGCAAGUGGUGCAGGCACUUUGGGGGAAGACGACGGUCAUUCCGGUGAUUGGAAAAGCGGACACUCUCACGACUGGACACAUGGCCUACCUCAAACGCGCCGUCUGGUCGAGCAUCAAGUCUUCGAAUCUUGAUCCUCUCGAAGCGCUGGAGUUGGAAGAUACAAAUGAGUCUGACGACGGCGAGCCCGAGGAGGAGGACGGCGGUAAUCUCUCGACCGAUCAAUCCGACUCUGACCUCCCGACGCCGUCAAAGUCUCGCCGCGAGUCUCACAAGCGCCAACCUUCGCAUCCUUCGAUGGUCGACCCGACUGACACGCCAUACCUGCCGAUGUCGAUUCUCUCGCCAGACCCGUACGAUCUGCCUCCAUUUGCACCAAAGGCCAAAGCAGGAUCGAAGGUCGGCCGACGCUUCCCAUGGGGUGUUGCGGAUCCUCACGACGCCGCGCACUGCGACUUUGGCAGGUUGAGAGACAGCGUCUUCCUCGAAUGGAGAUCCGAGCUGCGUGAUCUGAGCAGGAGUAAGUGGUACGAGAACUGGCGCACCACAAGACUG